AUGGAUAACAUCAUCGGCGGUCAGGCGCAACAAGUCGAGGAUACCGACGGAACUCGGGUUCAGAACGAGUUCUCAAAGUUCUUGAAAACGUUCAAGGACUCGAAAAACGAGCUGCCGUACAAGAAAGCCAUGAAGGAUUUGGUGCAACCAGAGAGAAACACUAUUUUUGUAGACAUGCAACAUCUGUACUUGUUCAGCAAUAAUCUGGCCACCACCAUCGAACUUCAAUACUACCGGUAUGAUUAUUGAGGAAAUCGUUGCGAAAUUCUGAAUUUCCUCCUUUUUCAGAGUCUAUCCGUACAUGUGCGAAGCCCUUCACCUGGCGACCCUUGACGGAUGUGAUGAAAACGAGAGACAGCAGAUGUUCAAGAAGCAACUGUACGUCUCGCUUUUCCAUCUUGAUGCGAAGACGGCCGUUCGCGAGCUUUCUGCUGACAAAGUCGGAGGUCUCGUUCGCAUUGCGGGACAGAUUGUGAGAACCCAUCCAGUUCAUCCGGAGCUCUCAAGAGCCUGCUUCAUUUGCGAGGACUGCGGAGUCACCACUCGUGACGUUCAGCAGCAGUUCAGAUACACUCAAGUACCGUAUUUGCGUCCUGCUACCUAAACGAAACGUUAUUUUUCAGCCGACGAAAUGCUCGAAUCCGCAGUGCGCAAACCGCACUCGAUUCAGUUUGGAUGUCAACGCAUCGACAUUCGUUGACUUCCAGAAGAUUAGAAUCCAGGAGACGCAAGCUGAGCUCCCGCGUGGAUCUAUUCCACGAACUGUCGACGUCGUCGUUCGAGGAGAGAUGGUGGAGACUGUGCAGCCAGGAGACAAGUGCGAUAUCGUCGGAACUCUGAUCGUCAUCCCCGAUAUCGCUCAGCUGAGCACGCCUGGUCUACGUGCGGAGACUUCAAACCAAAACAGAGGUGAGGAGAGAUGGGAUGUGAAUGGAAAAAGGGUUUAUUGCGAGAACGCGGCAAUUAUGUCAUUUCUUUUUUAUUGAAACGCUCGUUGCUGACACUUUCACCGUCUUCUUGUUACUAGAAGGUUUCAUACAAAGCAAGCGUGUUCGAAUGAAGUCGACGUAGAUCUUGCGGGUGACGGGAGUGAAAAUGAAGUAGACGAGGAAUACGUGACAAGGAAUCUGAGCGAGGCGGAAGUAGGUGAAUGCCAUUCUUCCAUCAAUUGAGAGAUUUGUGAAUAGUUCCUAAAUACUGAAGAAGUCGAGUAAAAAGAGGAAUAGAUUACCGGAGCGACGCGAAGAACGAGACUAGUCAGUUCGUAAACGGACAGGUAAAAAGCAGUGAUGAAAGCCUGUAUCAUCAGCAUUCGUUCCGUCUUUUUCUUCGCUUUCAACACAUCUGAGGGCAUUGUUGUUGCGAAACUAUCGUCUUUUCCGCCUCGUAUGAACUUCUUGAUCUUGGCAUAAGUGGGAGAGCGUUGGAGUUUGAAAUUGAUUAUAACGAGAACAUUGAAGAAGAACGCGACGAAGGGGAAGAAUACAGAAUAGUAGUUGGAGAACGUAGUAAUCUGAAAUCAACUGGAAUACAGUUCUAAGAAUGUUCCACAAACCGGGUGUCUGUUUGGUGCACAUUCUGAUGAAAAUCCCACUGCUCGCUGGUUGUAAUUGAUUUGACAGUCGCUGAGGUAAGGAAUCAAAAGACAUACGAAGUUGGCAAUCUGAGAGCUUCAAUAGUGAAAUAUUGUAAAGCUAGGAGUAUAUUCACCAUGUGAAGAGAAGUGUAAGCCCAAAUUUUGUUCGCAGUGAAAAGCUUGGAAGCCUGCAUACUUACAACCACGGCAAUUCGAUUGAUUGUCAUGAGAAUAAGAGUGAGCAUUGGAUGAAGGUACAGAAAUGUGACACACAUUGAGAUUUGCGGACCAACGGUGUCCCGGUACACUUAAAAAAGAAGAGAGCGAUCGAGAGGGAAUCAGUCGUGCGAACCUUUAUAUGUUUUGUCAUCCAUGUAGUAAGGGACUAUGUAGGUGGCUAUUCCGAAAGUGACCAGUAACGCGUUGGAAAUUGCCAUGUUGUAGAUGUAAGUGGCUGGAAGCGAUUCUGAAAAUCAAAAUGGUAAUUUCGGUCGUUUUUAUUAAAGUCAACUGUUUUUUGAAGUUUUGAUGGCAAGUGAAAGGGUAAUACAGUAGAAUAAAUUGAAUGCAGAAGCCGCUUCGUAAACCCAGAGAGCGAUACGUUUCACGACAGCCGCCUCCAUUUCGUUUGGUAGAAAGAUGAAUUGCGAAGGACUGAAUAUUUAGAAAUAGGGUUGUCCCAAGAAUUCAUAGGAUUUUGAGAGUAUCAUGAGAUGGAAUGAAAUAGGGCGAAUGGGUUUUAUGGAAUUGGUACAAUUAUCGGCGGCACAAGGAAGUGGGCAGAUGUGGUUUCUGACAAUGAGCAUAGCGACCGAAAAAUUGAUUAAUCCACGUUUUGUUUUCCAGGAAGAGCCAACGACAAGAGCGGGGGAAUCACCGGACUGAAGGCCCUCGGAGUCCGCGACCUCACUUACAAAAUGGCGUUCCUCGCGUGUCACAUACAACAAACCGAGAGCCUGGUUGGAUCUGAUGCAUCUGGAGCUAUCGAAGAAUCCGAUUAUCUCGAGUUGUGGCAAAGGAUGACCCCAGAAGACCGUGCUACUCUCAAGAAAAUGAGCGAUGACAAGAAGAUCGAGAAGAACAUUGUCGAGUCGCUGUUCCCGAAUAUCUACGGAAACUACGAAGUGAAGCUCGGAGUGCUUUUGAUGUUGCUCGGCGGCGUUGCGAAGAAGAGCAAGGACGAGGGAACGACGCUCCGUGGAGACAUCAACGUGUGUCUUGUUGGAGAUCCGUCCACGGCCAAGUCCCAAGUACUGAAAGCUGUGGAAGAAUUCAGUCCAAGAGCCAUCUACACCUCCGGAAAGGCUUCUUCUGCGGCCGGAUUGACUGCUGCCGUGGUGAAAGACGAGGAGUCGUUUGAGUUUGUCAUCGAGGCUGGAGCUCUGAUGCUCGCGGACAACGGAGUGUGUUGUAUCGACGAGUUUGACAAGAUGGACCUGAAGGAUCAAGUGGCAAUUCACGAAGCUAUGGAGCAACAGACCAUCUCCAUCACCAAGGCCGGAGUUAAGGCCACUCUGAAUGCUCGUGCUUCAAUUCUGGCUGCUGCCAAUCCGGUCGGCGGUCGGUACGAUAGAAGCCGUCCUCUGAAGUACAACGUCCAGAUGUCCGCUCCAAUCAUGUCCCGUUUCGAUCUGUUCUUCGUCCUUGUCGACGAAUGCAAUGAAGUGACUGAUUAUGCGAUCGCUCGUCGUAUUCUCGACAAUCAUCGGUGCAUCAACGAGCACACUGAGAGAAAAACAGCCUACAAGAUUGACGACAUCAAAAAGUACAUUGCUUUCGCCCGCUGCUUCAAGCCGAAAAUCUCGGACAAGGCUGCCGUCGCUCUCGUUCGUGAGUACAAGAAGCUGCGUAUGUCGGACAGCAACAACGCUGCCACGUCUUCCUGGAGAAUCACUGUCCGUCAGCUCGAAUCUCUCGUUCGUCUCUCAGAGGCGCUGGCUCGUCUUUACUGCGGAAGAGAAGUGCUGGAGAGCCACGUGGAGAAGGCUGCCGAACUUCUGAACAAGUCGAUCGUGAGAGUUGAACAGCCCGACAUUGCUCUCGAUGAGGAUGAUUUUGACAAUCCGGUUACAGUUGUCGAAGCAAACAAAGAGAACCAGCGAGGAGACGACACGAUGGACCACGAUGGAGAGAAGGACGACGGCCCGAAGAUCGAUCCGGCCAAGCUGAAGAUCUCAUUCCAGGAGUACAAGCAGCUCUCCGACGUUCUCGUUCUACACAUGCGUGCUGAUGAGGACAGCCAAGGAGAGGAAGAGUACGAUGGAGUGAAGCAGAGUGCUCUCGUCGAAUGGUAGACACAAAUGACAAUAAUUCUCAUUUUAUCUUCACUCUUUCAGGUAUUUGUCGACGAUCGAAACAGAUCUGGAGACAGAGGAAGACUACACCGUCCAAAAGACAAUCUGCGAGAGAGUCAUCCAUCGUCUCAUCCAUCAGGACCAUAUUCUGCUUGAGGUGGUGCCUGGAGAUGACCCGAAGCUCUGCGUCCAUCCGAACUACGUAAUUGCCGAUGAAUAAUUGAAUAGCCGCCUGUGCUUUGAUCUCUUAUCCGCUACUACCACUCAUUCUUUUAUCAAUGUUUUAUCAACGCACUAUUUUUUCUCAUUAUUUGCGAUCAAUUUGAGUAUUUCAACAAAUUUUUGUGAAUGAACUUUCAUUACCAUUGCCAAUACGGAGCCGACUUGUAAAUAUACGGACAAUGCGGUAUUUUUCCAGUUUGACUUGCCUUGUUAACCUUUUGAAAAUAGCUUGAAACCCAUUUGCUUUCACAAAAUCUUUUCGGCGGACUAGAAUUCACGCCGUGUACUCCUCGAGAAUAAAGUAGUUUUCUUUUUUCGAAAUCUUUUUCCAUUGCAUUCAUAUUCUCUGAAUCCUUCUGAAAUUCAGAUGGGUGAUAAAGAAGAAAUAUUCAAAUCGCCAGCUCUUCCGCCCCCGCACCAUCAAGCUCAUAACGAUGCGAAUAUCGCGCCGGAACCUUCGUCUCCGGGUAAAAUCGGAUUGGUGACGGAGCAGAAAGAAGGACCGAUAGAAGAAGUUAUUGAUGAAGUCGAGGUGAGAAAGCAAUCGGACGUGGAAAACGGAAGUCAAUUGCAGACGGCAGAAGUUGAAGCGGAGAAGCAGUCGAAGAUCUCCGUUCAGGCGCCGACUCUUCAUUACGAGCCUCCUCCCUGGGCGUGCGAACCCGAUCCUGAACUGAAAUUCCACUUGGACAUUCUGAAAGAGGGCAAAAUGAUCGGUUCGUUCGAUCUGUCGGAACGAAAGAACUCGACUUUUGUGGUGAUCGGAAGAAUCAAGCCGGGAUGCGACCUUGUCAUGGAGCAUCCGUCCAUCUCCAGAUAUCACUGCAUUCUUCAGUACGGCGACGAUCGAAUGUCGAAAACCGGCAAAGGAUGGCACAUUUUCGAGCUGGGAAGCACGCACGGCAGUCGGAUGAACAAGAACAGAUUGCCGCCCAAACAGUACAUUCGAACGAGAGUCGGCUUCAUUUUCCAAUUCGGAGAAAGUACUCGCAUUCUGAACCUGACGGGACCGGCGGAAGACUCGGAGCCAGAGUGGGAUUGCUCGCCGACCGAAAUGAAGUUGCGAAAGCACAAACGAGAGUUGGAGGCGAAAUUGAGAGCAGCAGCCGCGCAGGAUAUUAUUGAAGACGAGAAAAGAGAGAAAGCGGACGAAGAGGACGGGUGUGGAUGGGGAAUGGAUUACGGAGAAGACGAGAAGCCGCUGCUGGCGACCGAGACUGACGCCCAUCUCAUGGAGGAUCGGGAGGCUUAUUACAAUCAGGAUCCGAAGAAGGCCCUGCAAAAGUUCUUCGAACGAGAGGGAUUUGAUAUGAACUUCGAGUUUAGCGAGCAAGGACAAGGACACACGCACAAAUGGGUGUGCUCUAUUGAGUGAGCUUCCACGAAAAUGACAUCUUCUAAUGAAAUCUUUGCAGACUACCCGUGGAAAUUGACGGCGUCGACAGAGCCUUUACUGCUUCGGCCACUGUUUCCACGUCGAAAAAAGACGCGCAAGCUCAAUGCGCCCUGGAUGCGUGCAGGAUUCUGGACACCUACAACGUGCUCAGAAAGUCUAACACAAAGCUGAGAAUGCAACGGAAAACUCUGGAGGCGAAUGACUAUUACGAUGAAGACGACGACCUGUAUCUGGACAGAACUGGACAGUUGGAGAAGCAGAGGGAGAAGAGGAAACAAUGGGCGGAGGAGGGAUUCGGACAUAGAAGACCGGAGAAAGACACGUACGAAAGUCUGUGCGCAAAACUGGAAGAGGCGAAAAAAGAGAUUGCCGAGUGCCAGAAGAACUUGAACGCACUCUCGACUGAAAGUAGAAAAGCGGCUGCUGCGGCGACGGGCGGCGACGUUUUGGACGAUUAUAUCAGGCAAUUGGAGAAGACUGGAGGCACUGGGGAUGAUCCGAAGGUGAGGAAAGGGAGAAGAGGAGCAGAGUUAAAUGGAGAUGUUUCAGACAAAGAUGGAGAAAUCCAAGUGGCGACAAAAGCUCGUGGCGGCGACACACGAAUCACAGAAACUAGAGAAGCUGGUGAAGAUUGCGAAACCGGCGGCUUUAAAAGGAUUGGAACAGUUGGGAACGGCUUCUGGAGACAAACAAGCAUUUAUGAAGAAGCUGAUGGGAGUGAGAGCGAGAAAGGAAGUCGAUCAGACGCCGGCUCAAGGGCCUUCAGCUAGCAUUCCAACGACUUCAGACGAGAAAAAAGAGAGAAAGCAGAAGCCAGCAGAAGAGAAGAAAGUGGAGAAACCGGUGAGCAGCCCACAGGACGAAUGUGUGAAAGAGGAGGAGCAACCGAAACCGGCAGGUGCUCCAGAACAGAAGGAAGAUGCUCCGAAAGAAGCGUUUGGAAGCAAAGUGCUGAAAAGAGUGGCCGAAUGGGAACAAGAACUCGAGGUAAACAUAGGGGCAAUGGCAGAAGCAAGAAUCACUGAUUUCAGGCCGAGAAGGAAGAGUUGGCGAAGAAGCAGAAGUUGGAAGCGGAAGAAGAAGCGAAGAAAAAGACGGCGAGAGUCCGAAAACGUGACAUUGAGAAAAAGACAGGCGGUGCGGAGGACUACGGAGUCGGCGUGGAGGAUCGGGAGGAAAAGUACUCGACGUGGAUGCCUCCGAACGCCGAGCAGUCAGCCGCCAAACAAGAUGCUCUCAGAGCCAAGUUCGCUGGAAAGUACUGA